AUCCAGGGCACGCCGUGUCGCCGUGUCGCCGUGUCGCCAUGGCGUGGGUGAACGGAUUGAAAUCCACGGCCAUCGUCAUUGGAUGUUGGCUCUCUGGUCCUGUGCUUUUGGCCGUGUGGACGGGCAUUUUUAUGCUAAGGAUGGAUUGGAUGAGUUUCCUGGUGGUUCCUGCAUACCUGAUGAUGUUCAAACUGCCAGAUUGGAAGCUGCGAUCCAGUUUUUGGCUUGCAGUGGGCUUGCUGACAGCAGCAUCCAGAGACCCUUGGCGUUGGGCCUUUAGCAUUUCUGUGGCGAUCUUUGCAUCUCCUGUCAUCCUGGACUUCCGACUCCGCAGUUGGCCUGGGUUUCUGCCUUUUAUGGAGGCGGGAUUCAAAGAUUUCACCGCGCGCUGCGAGCUGAAGGGCCUCGACAAGGCUCAGCAGGAGGGUACCGUUUAUGCGUUUCAUCCGCAUGGAGCCAUCAGCUUUGGUUUUACGGUGAAUGGUCUCUUUGAUUCUCAGUUCCUCGGGAAAUCUAAGAAGAUCACCUUCCUGAUAGACGACUUCUUGCGCAACGGCAAUCCCAUCUUCAGGUUGCUCUGUGAUGCGUAUGAAGCCGAAACUCGGCAGAUUGCCAGUGCUGAGAAGUCCACAGUCCAUCGCCUCAUGGCCGAAGGCAGCAACGUGGCCUUGGUGCUGGGUGGUUUCGAAGAAGCAACAGUCUGCGAAACAGGCAAGGACCGCGCAGUGGUGAAAUCGCGAAAGGGCAUUGUGAAGUACUGCUUGCAGCAUGGCUACAAGCUGCAGCCUGUGUAUUCCUUUGGAGAGGAUGAGACUUACCACUUUGCCCAAGGACUUCUGGAUUUCCGCCUUUGGUUAAAUCGCUUCAAGAUUCCAGCGGUGGCCUUCUUUGGAAAUCCAAUCCUGCCAUGGCUUCCUCGAAGUCAGGCGCGCAUCUUGACGGUGGUCGGCGAGGCGAUUCAGUGCCCAAAGAUUCCAAACCCCACGCCGGACGAGGUGGAUUAUUGGCUGCAAAGUUACGCCAAGGCCUUGCAAGCGACCUUCAAUGAAUGGAAAGCGGAAGCCGGGCGACCGCACGCGGAGCUGGAGGUCUUCUGACCGUAGAUUAACGUAGCUGCGAUGACCGAUAUCAGCAAAGAAUAGAUAGAUAGAUUAAG